AUGUCCGAUGAACACAAUGGCAACCUCAAUCUUAUUCCAAUUUCAACUGUCGAUAAUCAACACUAUCUCCGAAUCCUUCUGCAAUCGAGUCCUUCAACGAUCAGCUUCGAAACAGCGAAUAUCCCGCGAGAUAUACUCGAUAUUCUCAAUGAGGUCUAUUCGAAUCGAAGACACCGUCAAUGUAUCCAUAUGAGCUAUUUCACCUUGUUAUCUAUGACGUUAGCUGUGUUUUUUUGGAUAGGAUAUUGGCUGUCGUAUACUCGUUGUCACAAUAUAAAAAACCCCGAAUCAAAUGCGUUUCUUUGCGAUCUUAUUAUAAUAUUUGAAGUUCUAACAUUUACUCUGAUUGGUAUUUCACCUGUAAUGAUUGUAGCAACAGUGUAUUUGUGGAUAGCUUACUCGUGUUAUAAUCCAUUCGAUUCGAUUCGAGACAACUUUCUUGGCUUUAAGAUCGAAGGCGAACAAUGGAAGAAACAACUAGACUAUUAUUAUCAGAAAAAGAAAACACGUUAUUUUAAUUGUCUGCGAUGUAAACAACAAAAAGAAUUACAUGAACGAGGCCAUGGAUAUAUCAUUCUUUCACCACAUGGGAUAGUUAUUGAUGAAUUGCUUAUGUUUACUGGUAAGAAGAAGAUUAUUCGCGAUGGAAUUGUGUUGGACGACGAGAAAAUGUUAAAUUUGACUUUUAAUCGAACCUGCCAGAGACCCUGGAGAAAUCAAAUAAGUAUUUAUCUACCCGAAGAUCUAAUUAAUCGACAAACGAUGGAGGAAAUAACCGAGUUAUUAAAAAUUUCAAUUAAUACCAAUGCUCUUCUUCCACCUUGCUUCUAA